AUGGCAGGGGUUACAGCUUCCUCCGUUUAUGCUAUCACGUGCAUGUUCAAUCCUUGUGGAUAUCGUGUACGGUCCGAGCUCCACAAGAAGUUCGCUGCACACAUCGAGUCUCUCGGGAUCCCACUCAUAACGGCAGAGUGCGCCACAGGCGACCAGGAGUUUGUGGUGACUCUUCCAAAUGAGCCGAACCAUGUGCAGGUGAGGAGCCGGUCAGCACUUUUCCUUGAGGAGAACCUUCUUAACUUGGCAUUGAAGAGACUCCCCCCCUCCUGCGAGUAUGUGAUUUGGACGGACGACGACCUCACAUUAUACUCUGAGGACCUGAAGGAGAAGACCAUUGAUGCUCUGCAGAAGCACCCAGUCGUUCAACUGUUUGAGACUUGCAAGGACCUCGAUGCAGACGGGGACGUAAUGAAGCUGCACAAGAGCUUCGCGGCGGCCUACAGGGACGGCGAGCCCCUGUUUAAGCCUGCGUUCCGUGCCCCGUGGGCUAACAUGUCCCACACAGGCUACUGCUGGGCGGCGCGCCGCUCCGUGCUUGACGCUUGCGGGGGUUUUCUUGAGACAGCCAUCCUUGGCAGCGCGGACGGGUUGAUGGCACGCGCAGUAAUCGGAGAGGUGGGAGCCGGGAUCGCAAAGGGCUUGAGUGACGGAUACAGUAGACCAAUUCUUGAGUGGCAAGAGCGGGUAUUGAAGGCCAUGGACGGAGGCACGCUGGGAUGCUAG